AUGGCCACCUUGCCUGACCGUGUGGCACGACUUGAAGAGGUCAUUGGCUCCUCAGCCACCGGGGCAUUGGUGGCUCGAGUGGUGCACCUGGAGGUUUGCUGCUUGGGAUCAGCAGCUGCUGGGCCGCUGCUCCAACGCACCAGCAAACUGGAAGAGCUCAUCGGCUGCGACCCGGGCACAGCGCCUGUGGCGCCCAUAGCAGCGCCUGUGGCACCUGUCACGCCUGUGGCGGCUGUGGCUGUGGCGGCAGUGGCGGCUGUGGCAGAUGGUCCGGCGGAGGUGGCAGAUGCAGCAGCUUCGAGCCAGGAUGUGGCAGCAGAGGCGCCGCCUGAGGCACCUGUGGCAGCUUUGGCAGAUGGUCCUGCGGAGGUGGUGGAUGCAGCAGCUUCGAGCCAGGUCGAUCAACCGGAGGUCUUUGCCCUUCCAGCCGCCAAGCGCCGUCGGUGCAACGAGCUACGCCAGGAGGGUGGCUAUCAACUUGAAGCCAAUGCGGGGUCAGUGGCUCCAAACCCCAAGGCCUUCAAGGUCCAUCCUCUUAGAGAAGAGCAGCUGAGAUCCCUGGCAUGGAUGUAUUCACGAGAGGCUUGCAGAGACGGCUUCAAGGGCGGCAUGUUGGCAGAUAAGAUGGGCUAUGGCAAAACAGCCACCACCAUUGGGAUGCUAUCUGAGAAGCCGGGCCAAGUGCCAGAUGAGCGGCCAAGUGGGUACAUUAGGAAUCCAGCAACAUUGAUCCUGUGUCCCCCUCACUUGGUGGAGCAGUGGGAAGGUGAGUUCUUCAAAUUUCUGGGUGACGAAGUGCAGCUGCUUCGCCCGACGCCGCCGUCCAAAGCAAAGGACAGGGAGACCUUGGCACUUCCGCCCAUCCCUUUCACUGGCUCCCAGCUGUUCACAGUAGAUGUUCGAGAUCUUUCGGAGCUCAGCGAGGAAGUGCAUCACCACAAUGCACGGCUCACGCCCGAGAAACGUUUGCAAGAGGGUGACAACAUCGAGAGCCUGCUGGUUCAGCUUCCGCCAGGGUAUUUUUUCGUUACAGAGGACUCCGGUGGAGAAAGGCGGGCAUCAAGCACGCGAACCGCCACUUGGAAUUUCCAACACUUUCUCGAUGAAAAUUGCCGCCCAGGAUGCACUGUCCAAGUCACCGUGAGGAGGGAGAAGAAGCCUCGAAUCGAACCUUUCCGAGGCGAUGGUCCUUUUCGCAUUCUGACCAUUGCGAACAGCAAGGAUUUUGCCCGUUUAAGGCUCAAGGAUUUGCUUCCGCCUGAGCCUUUCAAUGUUGUCUUGGUUUCGACCGGCAUUCUGGGUUCAGAGCGUCACAUGAUGCAUGUCAGUCAGGUUGUCUGCAGCUGGCAUGGCGAAAAGAGUCAGUCCAUGCUUUGUGACGGCAAACCGAUGAGUGUUCGGCAGAAAAUGCUGCACGAAUGCGUUGACAAAUGGCAUCAGAAGGAUAGCUUUCUGCGGGCUGCUUUGGCCACCAGCCCUACCUUGUUGGAGACCAUGUGGUGGAACAGGAUGGUGCUGGAUGAGUUCCAUGAGUCAGAGUCCUGGAUCACCCGUGUGCGAGAAGUGAUGAAAUCUCUGGGGGCCACGUACCGCUGGGGUCUCUCUGGAACUCCACCGUUGGAUACCACAGAUGCCGUCCUGGAAGUGGCGGAGUUGUUGUGGUAUGCCACAGAUGCUACUGCACCCUUCAUGAGUGAAGCGUUGAAGCACAGGAAAUCCCGAAAGCAAGAUUCCAAAACAUGGCUGGCAGAUGAGGAGAACAAGCAGAAGAUACACGGCGAAUGUCAAGCGAUGAUCCGAGAUGUGGUGCGGCAAAACAGCUCCCAGUUGGUGGAGGCCAUCGCAGUGCAAGAACACGAGGAGUUCGUGCAGUUCACUGCUCAAGAACGGCUCAUCUAUCGACAAGCUUGCCAUGAUCACGAGAUGUUCGUUGAGCAGCUGGCCUAUGAGGGUGCGAGUGUUGAUACCCGUGAGGCUCUACUGAAACGAUGUGCCCACUUUUGUUUGGAAAUGGACGCGGGGGAUGCAGGCGAAGCUGUGCGUUUUCUGGGACGUCGUAAACGUGCACACAUCGAACAGCUGCAGCAGCAACUGGAGCUGGAAGCGUGCAGAGCGGCACACCUUUCAGUUUGGGAAAGCUGCAAGCAUGGCCUUUUGGCACACAAAGCACAGCAUGCAGAGGCCGAGAAAUUCAUUCACGAAGUGUACCAGACCAGUGAACAGGUUUGGAAAGAGAAAGAUCCAGAGAAGAAAAGCUUCGAGAUGCAGAUUGUCCUCUACGACCAAAACGGAGAACGCCGCCUUCGGCCUGAGGUUCGUUUCAAGCAGCCAUUUCGAGAUGCACAUGUCUACCCGCGUUUGAAUUUUCGACAUUUGGUUCAGCAUGCGGUGGCUCGCAAGUGUGUGCACAGUGAGCCGCGUGCUGAGCGGCUCCUAUCGCAAUUGCAGGUGUGUGCUCAGAUUCCCUGCCGCGAUCCUCAGCAUUUGCCGGUGGCCAUGUCGGCUGGCUUCCAAGUGUUAGCAAAUCUUCUAGACACAGCCCACCGAAGCCUGGAUUUCUAUACCGGGCAAAUGCGCAGCCUCUCAGACAUAGAGAGCCUGCGCAAUGAGCAAUGCUCGGUGUGCUUGACGCCAAAGGAUGACCUUGCAGCUUUGGUGAUGCUGCCGUGCUCACACAUCUUCCACCGGGAUUGCGUUCGCUCGGCAUUGGAGACAAACCCGAAGUGCCCAUACUGCCGCGCUCACGCGCCCAAGAAAUCCAUGUCAUCGGUUUUACUUGAGGUGGAAGUGGCCACCUCCGCGGCCGAGCCGCUGCCGGCGGAGCUGCGGUCACACGGCUCCAAGCUGCUGGCGGUGGCUCGGCGCCUGCAGAAGAUCCGCACCGAGGAUCCCAAGGCGAAGGCCAUCGUCUUCGUGCAGUGGCAGGAGCUCGAGAACAAGGUGGCACGAGCACUCCAGGGCCAUGGGCUUCCAGUCCUUCAAUUGCCACGGGGGAAGAAUGCCGGCAGAGAGAUGGCCACAGUGAUGAAAUCGUUCACGACCUCUGAGGAGGCCUUUGUUCUGUUGCUGUCCCUGGAGCACGCGGCUUCUGGUUCCAACCUUACGGCUGCCAAUCACGUGAUCUUAGUCCAUCCGAUGAAUGCCGAUACCCUGAGCUCUGCAGUGGCCUACGAGCGCCAGGCUUUGGCUCGUGUUCGGCGGGUUGGCCAGGAACGUGCAGAGGUUCACGUCUGGCGCUUCGUGACUCGCGAGACCGUGGAAGAGCACAUGCACCAGUUGCAUUGCCGAGCUGAUCCACCAGAUCAAGCCCGAGGUGGUGGUGCAUGA